CUCCCUUCGGUAGUUAGGUCAGAGGUCAGGCGGGUGCGGACGGGGGUCGCGCGCCGGUGGCCGUUCCAACCGUUCCGGAGGCUCGCGCCAGUUUUCCUCCUUCCUCAAAAUCAAGGCUGGGAUCUAAUGAGGGGACGCGGCACCAUCUUCGCCAUGCAGUACACGAUAGGAUCGCACCAGACACUAGUGCCGAGGAACCAUGGAGUGCAGCUCAUUCGAAUGAGGAUGGCCAGCGGCUCCAGCUCCGACCGGCCUGAGGGAAAAACCCCAGCAGAAACUGCCAUUGGUCUUUAUCACAAACUCACAGAAGUGGGGAGAAACCUGGGGCAAAGCGUCAUGCAAAGAAUAGCAGCCACGGCCCAGAAUUGGUGGAACAGGUAUGAAGAGUUCGUUGGACUAAAUGAAGUUCGAGAAGCCCAGGGCAACGUGACCGAGGCGGAGAAAGUGUUCAUGGUAGCUCGUGGGAUUGUCCGAGAAGCUCGGGAAAACCUGGAAGCUCAGCAGAUGAAACUGAAAGAGAUCCGAGAUCGUUUGGAUCGAGUGUCCCGGGAAGACAUCCAGUACCUGGAACUGGCCACCCUAGAGCACCGCCUGCUGCAGGAGGAGAAGAGGCUCCGAGGGGCCUAUGGGAGUGCAGAAGAUGCAGAGCGAGAAAAGUUCUCCCUCUUCUCUGCAGCUGUGAGGGAGAGUCACGAGAAAGAGCGAACCAGAGCGGAAAAAACCAAGAACUGGUCCAUCAUCGGGUCCAUCCUGGGGGCCCUGAUCGGUGUGGCCGGCUCCACUUAUGUUAACCGCGUGAGACUGCAGGAGCUGAAGGCCUUGCUCUUGGAGGCCCAGAAGGGUCCCGCGAGCCUGCAGGAGGCCAUCAGGGAGCAGGCCUUCAGCCACCACAGCCAGCAGAAGGAUCUCAACGACCUCAUCACAGACCUGAGGGGUCUGCUCCAUGUCGGGGCAGGGGUAGUCCCGGAAGCCCAAGCAGGUGUCUCCCCAGCUAGAGAAAGCCCUGCGUCUCCCCGAGACACAGACUCUCUUUCAACCACUCUGAAAGAGCAGCUCAGCUAUUCCAAGCAGGCCCAUUCAUGCCUAGAGAGUUUACGAGAUCAGCUUAGUGACCUGGAAAAAAAUUUCAGCCAAAUGGCUGCUGAGGUUCAGCUUGUAAAGGCUGCAGCUCAUUCCCCGCUCCUAGAGCCAGCGGGGAGAGCCGUGCUGGCCUCCUCUCUGGAGGAGAAGGGAGUGAUCUUAGAGUUGUCAGAUAUGGAGCGGAGGCUGGAGGCUCAAGUCAAUAGGAAUUCCGUCUAUAGCACCCUGUUGACCUGCACUGUGUUUGCUGCCACGCUCCCAGUGCUCUAUGUCCUGUUCAGAGCCGGCUAGCCGGCGGCAGGUUCGUCGAAUGAAGGAGGGUCUUCUGGCCAGCCGAGGGAGACUCUGGGGUCUGGGUCUGCGGGCUGGGGUGUCUUUGGUUGGUGAGAACAGAGGUGAGGACUCGAGCGCCUUCCGCUGCCGCCUCGGUUUCCCGAGUCGCUGGCGGAAACUAAAAUGAGGCCGGCAAAAGCCAUCCGGCUCCUCCGGAGGGUACAGGAUGAACUUGAAAAAUUCCAUCUAGUGUUUCUCACGUUUGCCUGAACUUUGUGCUUCUGUCACAUGUAGAAUAGGGAGAAAAAAUUACAUUCGAAACCUUGGGUGCUGGCCUUGAAAGGUAUUCCUCCUCCCCCCUCCCCAGCCCAUGGUACAAUUAAGGAGUAGGACCUGCAGUCCAGGAGGUUUGCGAAGCCCGGAUGUUACCGGACGGAAAUUAUGCUAAUCAUUGAAAUCACCAUCCCCAGUCCCCCUGCCAUCUUGGGCUGUCAGAGUCAUUUUCUUCCUGCUGUGGCUUGUCAGUGAAAGGAGAUCUGCACCUGAUACAUUCAUUGUGUUGGUCCAUGUGGCCUUUCUUGGUCCUCUGUCCACUUUUCUAGCUUGAAUUUUCUUUCUGUUCACCUCCAGGCGCCCCCCAGGCUGCCUGAGAGGAAAAUGGACAGGCAGCUCCUCCUCACGGGGCUCGGGAGUGAGGGUGAGAGCAGGCUCUGCCCGGCCUGGCCCGGUAGCUCGGUGAGGGUGAGCGAAACUGGUGGUGGUGGUGGUGUCGGUGAUAACUGACAGGGGCCAAGAACUUCUCCUUUCCUCUUCUCCCCCCUUCCUUUCCUCUCUUCUUUUCCUUUCUUUCCCCUGUAGUCCACAUCCCCUUGAUGCCCCCCUCCAGUGCUGUGCCCUGUCAAUUCUCUCUGUUCUGCCCGAAGUGUGCCCCCGUGCUCUAAAUGAAAAGUUGGCUCCUCCUGCUGGACGUUUUAGUGGGCCGAGCCCUGGACUGGAAGUCAGGCCUGUUAGGUUCUCUUCUCUAUUCCAAGCCUGACUCACUCCGGUUAAGACGUUCCUCCUUAAAUCUGUCUUUCUGUCUGUCCAGUCGGGAGAAGAAUCCCCACCCUCUACUGAUGUGGGUAUUGUCCUAAGAGCUCUGGAGGAGAAGAGGCCCUGGGGUGGAUGGGUAGUGUUUUUAAAGAAGGGCUGGGCUGCAGGGGGAGACUGCGGUGGGGUGGGGGUGGGGGACCAAGCUAGUUUUGAGUAAUGGAUUGCAUUGAUCCAGCAGAGCAUAGAGCUUUCCUUGUUAAACAAACAGCGUCAGAUCGCUCAGAGGACCUGAGCGGCUCCAGAGGGUGUCAGUGUGUUCUCUCUCUGCUCCAAAUUGGAGGCUCCCUGUAAGCAGCUCACGCUGGGCCCUGAAGGGAGGGUGCGGUGAGAGGGAGGGAUUAGUAGAGUGAGGUAAAUUGAAAGGCUUUGCACGGGACUGAGGUAAAUACCAGAGGUGGGAGUCACCGUGAUGAUGGAGUCUCCCUUUGCCGGCGAUGGAUGAGCCUCGGCUCCGGGGUUUCCAGACCGAGACCAUUUGUGCGGGAAUCGAUGAGGGCACCGGUGGCUUGCCUAGUUGGGGAUCGGCGACUCGACUGUAAGCUCGUCGUGGGCGGGGAGCGUGUCUUCUGACUCUAGUACUUUCCCGAGCGCUAAGCACAGUGCUCUGCACAUAGUAAGCGCUCAUUAAAUACCACUGUUCGAUCGACCGAUCGGUGACUCCCCUCCCUACCGAUAACCAGGGCGCCGUUCAAGGGGGUUCGUGUGAUCCCGGGGGCGCGGUGACUAAUAAACGCGAUAGAUAGCUCAA